AUGGCCGCAGCAGAGUCCAACCAGUUCCAGUUCGGGGAGAGCGCCCCGGUCCCUGGGUUCCGGCCCGCCCCAGCCGGGACCUUCCUGCCGCCCCCGCGCCCCGCAGCCGCCCUGCUCCCCGCGCCGCCCCCGGGCCUCGGCCCGGCGCGCUGCCCCCCGGCAGCGGCGACCUUCGGCGGCUUUCCGUGGAGGGGCCCCGGGCCCGCCGCGCCGCCCCCUGCCGGCCUGGGCCCGCCGGCGCCCCCCACAGGCGCGGCCGUCCCGUCUGCGUCGCAGCGCCGCAAGCGCACGUCGUUCAGCUCCGAGCAGCUGCAGCUGCUAGAGCUCGUCUUCCGCCGGACCAUGUACCCCGACAUCCACCUGCGCGAGCGCCUGGCCGCGCUCACCUUGCUCCCCGAGUCCAGGAUCCAGGUGUGGUUCCAGAACAGGCGAGCCAAGUCACGGCGGCAGAGUGGAAGAUCCUGUCAGUCGUCCGCUGGGCCAGGGCUUUGCCUCAGCCAAUCCGCUCCUGGAACUGAAGCGAAGUGUGUGAAGCCCCAGCUGCCUCUCGAGGUAGAUGUGAACUGCCUGCCCGAUCCCACCAGGGGUGGAGGGGACCUCUCUGACCCUAGCUCCCAAGGCCAGAGUUUUGAAACCUAUUCCCCACUCCCUGAAGACACUGGUUCAAAGCUGGACUUAUGGGAGGAACACAUCUUUUCUGCCUUUGGUAACUCUUGAGGAUUCUGGGAGAAGUCAGGCUAAACUCGGAGCCACGGUGGAUGGCCGGGGAGACCUACGUCAGGACACUGUCCUUUCUAGCUUCCAUGUUAAGGACGCUUUCAUGUCAAGCUUGAUGGUGGUUUUGGCUAUCAUCUCUCACUUUUGAGGGUUCCUCUCCUUUCAGCUCUGAACCUUUCCCCGUGGCUUAGUCUUUCUCAGUGGCACACACCCCCCAGGAGUUCUGGGACUCAUUUUUACCUCUUUAUCUCCACAUCUGCACACUCAGUUCUGGGUGCAGCCCUGUUCCUUCUUGCCAGUCCUGUUCUUUUUUUGGUGGGGGGUGGGGGACAGUUAUUCAGAACUCAUCUGUUUCACAAGGACCUCUCAACUGAAUUGUUUCCCCUGUGUUCCCAUCUUCUCCUAUUCCCUCCAAGGCUCGUUACCUUAAACUGACUUAAACCUACCUCCUUCAACCCACAUCCUAUCACCAAGAUUUAUUACUUUAAAAAAAAAAUUACCGUCACCUUUAUACUUAAUUGUAGGUCCGAUGACUCUCCAUCCAGAUUAUUUCAAGAGCCCCUACCUCUGGCUUCUCAACUAUUCCUUGAAAUUACCUUCUUUAGAAAUCUAGUAGCUUCCAGUUGCUACCAAAUUAUAAAAACCUUUCAGUUAUCUUUCCAGAUAACCAACUGACAUCAUCUUUAGCCUACAGGACCACCGCCCCCCCCCGCCAAAAAAAAAAAACACACAACCCAAACCUGUUGCUGUCAAGUCGAUUCCGACUCAUAGGGACCCUAUAACAUAGAGUAGAACUGUCCCAUAGGUUUCCAAGGAGCUACUGGUGGAUUUGAACUGCUGACCUUUGGGCUAGCAGCCAAGCUCUUAACCACUGAGCCACAAGGGCUCCUUGGACAGUCAUGCAAAUCUUCUCAUGGUCUCCCAUCCACAAUUUGUGCCUCUGUCUCAAAAGCCGCUCCCUUCAGUGUUGGAACGAAAUUACUGCCUUUUCUUUCCAGUCAACACCCUCUUUCUGAAGACCAAAACUCUCUCUAACCAAUCCUGGUUUUGUACGUGUUCCUUCAGCCAUUCCAGCAUUGCUCUUAGCACUUGUUACGGUACUUCUUUGCAACUUUAGUGGAUUAUUCAAUGUUUGUCACCAAUGCUUCAAUGUAAUUCUAUUUAAAUGAAUUAUUUCCUUUAGACAGUGCUUUUCACACCAUUAUUGUUCAGUACAUAUUAUGUGGCCAUGAAAAAAAUUUCUUAAAAGAAUUAAAAAAAAAAAAAGUUUCUGCAAAUGUAGUUUACAGUACAAUCAAUAUUGUAUCAGCAGGCAACUGUGCUGAGAAAUUUAACUUGGUUAAAAGUAUAACUUUGCUUGUUCAAAGUUUAGUAACACAUUUAUGAGUGUUUUGGAUUUGGGAGCUUUCUCUUUCCCAAUUUGUAAAUUUUGAUGUAUGUAAACGAAUGUUCCCAAAUUAAAUGCAUUGAUAUUCUGAAGAUUUUAAACUCCUGAGGGCCAAAGAAAACUGUAUAGGAGGUACCUGGGUAACUGUAGGUACGGUUCCUCUAUAAACUGUGGCUUAGCGUAGGUUUGUGGGACGCCAUGUCUCGGUGGUCAGUAAGAGUCUGAGCUACACUGCAUGCCUUAGACAUUGUAUGUGCCAGCUGCCCUAAUGUUCAGAGAUGUUACUCAAAUGGUUUGCACUUUGCAGAGUAGCAAAUCCACUAUUAAAAGCAACCAGGAGAACAUAGGUCAGGCUUUACUAGCAAAGUGGACUUCGGAACCCUUUGAAAACUGAAACCCAAAAUGAGAUAAUAAAUAUUAGCUAAUAUCAUUUUAAGUGAUUACUAUGAGUCACACAUUGUGCUUGGGACCUGUCAUGGGGGUGGCCAGGAGGUCUCACAAUCACAGCGAGCUUCAGAGAUCUGUGACAUGGCCCAACAAAAUGAUGCAAAUGCAUUCACAAGGCUGAAAAACGUGCAUCAUAAAACUUAUAAUUGCCUAAAAGUCACAUUUAAAAAUCUUACAGCUUAUGAAUUGUACUACUGCAUUUACAUUGUUAAAUUCUAUUUUUCCAAGUGAACAAUUAAAAAAUAGAAAUAUUUAAAUCUUGUCAUAUUUUUAAUUUUGAAAACUGGGAUUUUCUAAAAUCAGAAGUGGCCCGUACCUCUCUCAAUUUCUAUGGGUCCCUCACUGGUAAAUGUUACAGGCAUCAUCUCUUUAAUCCUCACAAUUACCAUGUAAGGUAGGGACUAUUAUUUGCAUAUUAGAGAUGAAGAAACUUAAUUUAAGUAGCUGACCCACAAUCACAGAGCUAGUUAAGUAGCAUGGCCAGGACCCAAACCUAGGACUAGCUCAGCCCACACAUGUAUCUACCAUCAGAUAGUAGCUGGACUGGCUUUUUUAUAGUCAGAACUAGUAAUAAAGAAAUAUGAUGGGUUUAGAACAACCCCAAAUCAGAUUUCUACAUCUAAAUGAGUACCGUUUCAUCUUUCAAAUCAAUCAUCAUGGAAGCUCUUACUCUCAUUCCAAUGACACUAACAUUGUUUACCACUCUUUACACCAAUAUUUAUUUGGUGCCCAUGAACACAGGGCCUGGGAAUAAAAUGGGGGAGCAAAAACAAACAGGACCUUUCCUCAUGGAGGAAGGAGCCCAGAAUGGAGACAAAAGAUCACUCCAAGACAUGUAAAAUUGCAAAUGUGACAAAUGCUAGAAGGAGACAUUGUAAUGGAUGUGGAUGUUGAGGAAAGUUACAGCUCAGGAGUCCCCAAGAUGAAGAGGGUAGGAAACAGCACUGCAUGUGUGAAGGCCCUGCGGAGUAAGGAGCAGGAUGGUGAAGCAGGAUGGUGAAACAGGUUGGGGAGGCCAGACCAGCAUGGCUUUGUAGGCCAGGUAAAGGAGUUCUGAAAUUGUCCUGAGCCCUAAAUGACUUGAAAGGCUUUAGAUGAGGGGAUAAACACCCCCUCCCCCCAAAAAAUCCCCAAACAAACCUUUCUUCUGCAUUUCACAGCACUGGUUAUUAUAUUUGUUUUCCUUAUAAAAAUCUUUUUACUUUACAAGUUGUGUACUGUUGGAUUUUAACCAGUAAUCUAGUUUUUUGUGCAAUUUUGCAUUUUAAGGAGAUGAGUCUUCUGCAGGGUGGAAGAUACAUUUGAGGAGGGGUGAGUGGAAGCAGGGAGACAGGUUGAGAGAUGGCUGCAGUGGUCUAGGCUAGGAUGACGGUAACUGGGCAAGAGUAGUGGGCUCAUGGAGAUGGAGGGAAGUACAGGGAUUCAAGAGAAAACAUUUACUAGGCUAAUCUUUUGUAGAUCCUCAAUGGUAGUAAGUGAAUCUGAAUUUUGGAACUAGGUUAAAGAAUUCGGAACCAAAUCUAUAUAAAUGAAAAGCAGGUGGUAUGCUUGCCUGUUGGUUCAGCCUGGCUUUGAUAGCUUUCCUUUCAGAAAUGUGUUCAGCGGUAGCAGCAUCAUUCAAGCCAAUGUAUAUAAAAAAAAAUGUAUAGCUGAUCCCAAAUGACUACUUUGAACUAUACAGACUUCUUCCCUAAACAGAAAUAAAAUUUAAAUACAUUUUUCAGCACAGUCCUUGCUGCCAACACAAGAUGGCACUGAAAGGCAUGAACAAUGCUUAAUUUAAUUAACUAUGUAUAAAACAAGGUGCUAUUUGAGACUUAACAAAUGUAAAAGAAAAACAUUUUGAAAUACUUGCUUAAUUCUAGACAAAUAUAUUAAAAUCAGCCUUUUACUUGUUCUUUACUAAGCCACACUUACUUGCUUAGUGUGAUUCACUCACAGAUGGGAAAAAACUCCAAUAAUAUUGGAUGGUGCCAUACUUCAAAAUGACUGUAAUGAAUCUGUAUUGUUUUCCCUAAAAAUAAAAUUUAGUGGAAAACCAUUCUUCAAAACUCUUUUUAUAUAGGCGGAAUACUUACCAACUUGUUGUACUAAUUAAAUGAGAAUUUAGAUAUUAAUUUUCAUAGAUCAAUUUAUU